AUGAGUGGGGGAGUUGUGAGAAUAAACCCUGAGACAGCAACCCAACGAACUCCAAACCUAUCGGAAAGCGCACCUGCAAGGGGUCCAGCUAGCGCAGGAAUAGCAAUUGUUAGGAACAAGAGGCCAGACCCCAGCGCAGUCCAAUUGAAGGUGGCAUUGACAAAGAGUGGUGGUACCGCACACAGCGAGGUAACUUUGCGCAUGAUACUACAAGGGAUUUCCUCCUCCAUUCUUUAUACGGUUGGACUCGCAGUCCUCGUGGAUACAAUUGAGAAGGACGAAGCCGGCCAAUGGAUGGGUACAGCAAUGAGCUGCAACAACAUUGGAAUUAUCAUUUCGCCUCUACUUGGUGGGAUCAUUUACGACAGGUCUGGGAAAAUGUCUGUCUUCUUAAUAAUGAUUGGGCUUGGAGCAUUCGACAUUGUUCUGCGUGUCUUGAUGAAAGAACGGACCCGAAUAUUUGCGGAAGCCGCCAACAAAGACAACCCGUGUGCAAAAGAGCUGGGUAACCAUAGGUUAGACUCUACCAUAAGUGUGACCCCUUCGAUUAUUAGCAGCAACUUGGGGCCCGUAUUGGUGACCAAAUCACAAUCGCAUCGACGACUCCCUGGAAUCAUCUCACUGCUUCGAUCUCCUCGACUGUUAGCUGCUCUUUACGGCUGUUUUAUUAACGAGUGCAUCGUGCUACCCACUUAA